AUGGCCUUCCCAGCUAUCUGCUCGCCUCGAUCUGCCCGUCUCCUUCUUACUGGGAGUGAGGAUCUGCCAACCUUCGCCCUGAAGACAUCCCUCGAUGUCCGCCCCGUGGUGAAGAACCCGCCGGUCUACUUCCCCGGUAUGAAGCCACUCGCUCGCCCCUGGCGACUGCCUGCCUGGCGUAAACCCCAUGUCGACGACCUGCAGAAGAAGCUUCCUGCUCCCGAGCCCGAGCUCCCUCCUCUGCCCAGUCCCCGACUGGAUUGCCAGCCCAGUCCCGUCCUGUCUCUUCCUCCCGUUCUGGCUCGCGGCCGCCCUCUUUUUUCCCCGCCAGCUCCGAUUCUGAAGCGUGCUGAGGUUCCUGCAAAGGCUCGUGAGCGUCAUGUAUCCUUUGGGAAUGCAGUCGUCCAUGAAGUUGAGCGGUUCCCAUGGCGUGUCUUCCCUCCCCCUCGCUUUGCUGUUUUCGAGCCCAAGCGACGUUCGUUCCCUCUUCGUCUUCCUUCUCCUCUUCCAGAGGAAUUGCCGCGUCGUCAGCGGUAUCUUGAGGUCACCGUUCGAGGCCCCACUAUGGGACAGUGGCUCGGAUGGACCGCUUGUGCUAUUGGCGUCAUGACUGUUCUUUCGUGGUUGUGA